AGUACAGUUAGCGAUGCAGGCGCAAAAUAGAAACACAUUAGUCGCUCGAUUACAAUAAUACACACCGUUUCUCAUCUUUAUGCACGCUUUUAAAAGUUCUAAUGAAAAUAAUUCAAUUCUAAAAGUAGCUGCACAAUGGACCCCGAUUUCAAUAUAAAACUAAUCAAAGAGGUGAAAAGGUUUGCGUGCUUGUAUGACUUAACCUUACCGGAAUAUCGAAAUACUAAGUGGAAGGAUACAAUUUGGAAGAAAAUUGCAGCAGAUCUGAAUACGAAAGAUAUAUGGUGCAAGAAACGUUGGAAAACGUUGCGGGACACGUAUAGGAAAAAAAGGCGGUUGGAAGGGAUGGACACUUGUAGUACGAAACCGAUUUCAAAUAAAAAGUUUAAGUUUGCCCAAGAAAUGUCUUUUCUGGAGGGUGUUAAGGAUGGUCGAUCAUAUUGCCCCAGUGACGACGAUGACGACGAUGCCAAUGAGACAGGACACAGUGGGGUUGAAGCUUCUUGGACGGCUUUGCCUUCUCCAGCCGACUCUUUAACAGCUAAAGAUGAAGACUCCACGUCUAACCUUUCCGCACCAUCUUAUAAAGCAAGUUCAACCAAGAAAACUGAAGAGCAUGCGAAUCCAGCUUAUGAUCCAUUAGCAGCGAGAAAGUCUACUUUACUACUUUUCGAAAGUUUGGCGCACAAAAUAAUGUCAGCGGGCUUGUCGGAAAGUGAUGCGGAUGCCAUUGAACUGAAGGUGGCGUCGGUUGUAUAUGAAGAACUUGCAAAACUCCGUCAACAGAGGCAAAGUAUCUGAUAUGACAAAAAGUUAUUGAAGAAUAACUGUAACAUAAAAUAAGUCAGCUGUAGCAAUAAGAAAUGAAGAAUAUAUCGUCCCCUUAGUAUUAAAAUAGCCUAUACAUUUUUUGAUGUUUUGAGAAAAUGAAUUUCAAACUUUUUGUCGAAAGUAGCUCUCACUCAAAUCUCGUUAUGUCUGUAAAUAUUUAUUAUUUUUUGACUGACGUUUUGACCCACUUUGUGGAACUAGAAUUUGACAAAAUUUUGACCACAUAUAAAAUCGACGAUGGAGAAUCCAAAAAUUUAAUAAAAAAAUAAUAGCCUAUGAGCACAUAGGCUAUUGUUAUACUAAGGGGACGAUAUGUAUUUAAUCAUGAUAACAUUAGCUUCUGAGAUUUUAUGACUUGCCAACUAAGUACAAAAUAAAAUUAAGCCAAAAAAUUACGGGAUCUUAGCUAAGUUAAAAUUUCAGGCCUUGGGACAUGUAAAUAAAUAAGUUUGAAUUUCCUUUGAA